AUGCCUACAUCCCAAAACAUGUAUCCAUAUAUGCAAGAUAUACAGGAGGAUGCAGACAGCUCUUCCGACCAUCACACACAGUAUGGUCCAACUGUCGACCUGAACCUCAACCUCUCACCCCCUCACUUGGUGGCUCCUAACCUGGUCAAUUAUGUCAAACCGAUAUAUCCGCCACCUGGUCAGCAAUUCCCGUACCUGGGAUACUUUCCGCAUCCAGCACCGCCCGCUCCGUAUGGUUACUGGCCCGGGACCACAAUGUACUAUCCGCCGAGCAAUUAUCAACCUUAUAGGCCUGCGUACAUGGCUCCAGCUUCUGCUCCCCCGAACCAACCAGCCAUGCAGACCGAGUCCGAGCUUCAGCCCGGUCCCCGGACUAGGCGCUCGGCUCGCUCGAGGUUGGGAUCGCAGGGGGCAGGGGCACCGGAGGAACCACGACAGGAAACUAAUGUUCACGCGGCGGAUGAGCCUGAGCCCCAAGACAAUCGCACGAGCGCGUUUGAGCGUCUUCGACCGGAAAUGCGUCAACGAUUGGGACCACAGGACCCGGAUAAGCGGUCGGUUGACUCACCUAUGCGCGCGGCCAGUCAAGCGGAAUCAUCAGGACACAGUGGACCUCACGUACACCGUCGCCGUCGAGCAAGCCCGGAUGACCGAGCAAGAUGA